UUAAAAUGUUAACUGAAUGGCCUCACACAUCCUUAUCUGAAAAUGAUGACUUCAGUUUUUCCCAGAAACUAUUCAGGGUGUGUUAUUCAUACAUAUUACUCACCCUUUGUAGGCUACAACUUCAAGAAAUAUCCUUGCCAUACAUAUGAAGAAGUAAGUGCGGAUUUAGGAGGAUGAUAACUCCAUGACAGAACACUGGCAUCAGAUGAAAAAAAUACCAAGCUCAGUCUCCCACUAUUCCAGUUCAAAUAAUCCAGGAAUACAUAAUUUCCCAAACUUUUCUUUGCCAUAUUCCUUGGUUUAAUCUGAGCAGUCAAUCAUAUACUAAGAGUACAUCUAUAUUGUAGAAUUAGCACAGUUUGAUGCUACUUUAACUACCAUAUCUCAGUGUUAUAGAAUCAGAAGCUGUAGUUUGGACAGGCACCAGCACUUUUUGGAAAAGAAAGCCAACCUUGUGAAACUACAACUCCCUUGAGUCCAUAGCACUGAGCCAUAGCAGUUAAAGUGGGGUGACACUGUACUCAUUCUACAAUGUAGAUGUACCUUUUCUACAGCUUCCAGAAAAACCUCUACAAGAUUCUAGGGAUUGUAUCCCAAAGAAAGAUACUGUGGGAAUGAGCUUUGAUGGAUCUAGAUUUAGAACACAGCAGAUCUUUUGCAUGCAGAAGGUCAUAGGUUCAUGCCAUCAAGUCUCCACUUUUGGUGGAUCUUUUUCACAUACACAGCCCCGCUUCAUCAAGGAAAGUGGAGCCAUGUGUGAGCGGAAGAGUCCUGCUGGAUCAGACCAAAGGGCAUGCUGUUCUCACAGUGGCCAACUACUUGCCCUUGGGGAGCUCAACAGCAAGACAGAGCUACAACGAAAUCCCCCACCUUCAUGCUCUCCAGCACCUGAUGUACAAAUGCCAAUGACUUCUGUCACUAGAGAGAAGAAGGAUUAGCAGAGAAGUGGCCCAUAUUAUUGUUUCUUGCAGCCAAAACCACAAAGAGUCUCAUAGCAUUUUAAAAGGCUUUGCUGGAAUAGCUCUUCAAAUCUAUUCUGACUUAUGGUGACCCUUCUCCUGGGGUUUUCUUGGCAAGAUUUCUUCAGAGGUUUGCCACAGCUCUCCUCCGAGACUGAGAGAAUGCCCAGAGUCACCCAGUGGAUUUCAGUGGCUGAGCAGGGAAUCAGAUCCUACUUCAACUCUCAGUACCAGCCAGACACUCAAAACACUAAAUAAACUUUCUGAAAAGGCGAAUAAAUUAUAUUUUAGAGGAGUUGUAGAUUAAGAGGUCUGUGAUCCACAGAAACCCAUAUUAAAAUGAGAUAGUCUUUAAAGUAACAUCUCUUGUUGCAUUUGCUGCACCUGGUAGCCUUCGUUGGCCCUGUUGACAUGGAUUUGCCUAUUGUCCCCUAUAAAACUGUUCACAUGGACUGCUAUCACUACAUGAUUUGGUGAUAUCAUUUUCACCAAGUAUGGUGCACGUAUGUAUGAAUGUCAGCAUGGCAUCCCUGCUCAGCCAUAAAAACUCACUGUGUAACUUUGGGCAAGUCACAUUAUCUCACAGGAAGGCAAAAGCAAGUCACUUUGAACAAAACCUGCCAAGAAAAUCCCAUGAUAGAAUCGCCAUUCAAAGAUCACAAUUCAUAGAAAUCAAUGGGAUGACAUUGGGCAAGUCACACUCUCUCAGAGGAAGGCACUGGCACCUCCCCUCUGAACAAAUCUUGCCAAGAACAACUUCUGGUCUUGGAAGGCACACAACAAUGGGAAGUUCUUCCUUUUUAUUCUGAUCUAAAUCACCCAUCACAUUCAUCUUUUAUUGCUGAGCCCCAGAUUCUAGUACUAUGAGAGCAUGAGCCAGCUCUAAAAUAGGAAAAAGGGGCAACUGUUUAGGAGGAAAGGAGAGACAUUACUAUUUGUCUGAUCAGGACAAGUCAACUGAAAAGCUGCCAAAGCUUCCGCUUCUCUCUGAGCUAGGGAUGAAUUUGCAAUGCAAAUCAAAAAAGCAUGUUGGCAGCUGAUAAAGUGUGCAUUUGUUACCAGUGUGUGUGUGUAACAGAGAGAAAGAGACAUCCACCCAGCAAUGAACAAGUAUCACAGAAUAUAUCUGUCCUCCAGUAUUGUAUGCAUCCCAUAUCCCCACAGACCUACAUGCGCUUGCCACACCCUUUGCAACUUCCCAUUUUGCUUCCCUCAGGCUACUUCCCUGUUCAGGUCCACUAAAUUCAUACAACUUCACUCAGCACUUUAUACUGUGGUCCCUCUGAGCAUACAGAGAGCGCCUUUACCUCACUGCUUUGAAGCCAGAACCAAUUCCAUAAACAGCUGAAAUUUGGAGGGAGAGGAAGCUUGCAAGGAAAGAGUAGGUUUUUCAUUGUGUAGUGGUUUGAGUGUUGGACUGACUCUGGGGAACAAAGUUUGCAUCCCCUCUCAUCCAUGAAAACUCACUGAGUGACCCUUGGGCAUAUCACACGCUCUCAGCCUCUGAGAACCUAUGAUAGGUUCCCCUAGAGUUGGAAAUUACUUGAAGAUACACAACAAAAACAAACAUAAGAGAGUGAAACCUGUUUGUGUUGAAGCAGGAAUUACAGCAGGCGUUGCUUGUCACCUGUUUGCAUGACAAAUAACACCUGCUGUCCUUCAAAAUAUGGGAUUUCUCCCCAGUUUCUACUUUGGGAGACCUAUAUCCAAACCAAUGUCAGGAUCUCUAACCUUUUCCAGGUUUGCCUUUGUCUUCUUCUUGAGGUUGAGAGAGAGUGACCUGCCCACGGUUGCCUAGUGGAUUUCCACAUUCUGGUCUCCAGAGUCAUAAUCUAAUAUUGCACUAUUGUUAUGCUCAUUGCUAUUGGCCAAACCCAACAUCUUGUGGCAGGACAUUCCACAGGAUAAUAAUAUCUUCAGUGUAAAAUGUGAUAGCUUUUGUUUGUCCUGCACUUUCAAUUUAUACAAAUAGGAACAACCAUGUAUAUACCUCAACGGUGAGCAACUGCAAUUGAUCUUGACCAAAGGGGUUCCUGGACUGUCCAAAAAUACCCUCUUAUGAAGAAAGCUAAACUGAUAAUGGUGGAACUUGACUUCCGGUUUUGAAAAACAAGGAUUUUAAAAAAUAUUAAACAAUAGAGAAGGACUGCAACCUAUUGCUUGAUCUGGAGACUUUAAGUAGAUAACAAUUGCCUUCCAAACUAUUUUUUAAGCCAGAUAAAUAGCCUAAUGCUACAUAAAGUUUUCAGGACUGACAUUUUGACCACCCAACUAGACCAGUUUCUCGAUAAUGCAGAGGCCUUCCAUGGCCUAUCUCUCUGUCAAUAAACAUCUGCUCCUCUUUGGGAACAAUACAACCCAUCCAUCAAGUCAGGCAAAAAUCAUUUUCUUUGCAAUGCAUCUCCCACCAUCCUAUCCCUGAGAACACAAAAGUGCAACUGCACAAUGAAGUGCUCAACCAGAUGAGCCUAGAUUUUGGGGCCAUAAUUUAACAUUUUCCCAGGACUGUUGGAGAAAGCAAAAUUCAGAUCAGCAUCUUUGUCCAUUCCUAACCCUACUUGAACUCUCCUCUGAUGGAUUGCCAGGAAUUCCACCUGAAUAAUGCAGCUUCCACUGAGCUCUCCUUCUCAAGACAUGGCUACCUAUUCCAGAAUCCCCAUCUAGCUAACCUUUCCUUUCUUUCCCCAAUACAUACAUCCCUCCUCUGCCCUCUUCCAGCCCUUUAACAUGAUUGUCUUUGUGUCCCAGGAGGAAAGGCACCCUGUUAACAUUUAAUAUUUUUUAUUCAUUCCUCCACUCAGUGGAGGAGGAAAAAAUGGCGCAAGAGGGGGGUUGAAACAUGCUUUCUUCUGCCUUCUCUUCUCCCCCCCCCCUUUUGCUCUCUCUUCCCAUCCCCCUUUCAGAGGGUGGUUAGUCAAUGCAAAUUGUCUCAUUAAGGAGAAAAGGAGGCGGGAGACAUAAUUAGGCGGCUGCUGCAUAUUUAUUAUGAGGAAGCUGGAGACACAAAGGCAUUGGGGGGAUGAAAUGGGGGAGAGUGGAAGGGGAAUGAGAGAGAGAAUGGAUGGAAGGAAGGAAAGAAAGAAAGGAAGGGAAGGAGGAGGGGGAAAUGAGACAUGAAAGCAAACAGGGAGGGAGAUGUGAUGUAGGAAGUUUUUUAAAUAUAGGAAAGGGAGAGGGGAUGUAGGAAGGGAAAAUGGAGCAGCAGACACAAUUGAAAGGGCAGAAUGGAAAGGAAGGGAUCCCAAUACUAGGUGCAUUUAUGGAAAGGGAAGAUAUUUCCAGGUAAGAGCGUGGCUGCAUCAGGCCACGUUUCCUUACCUGGAAUGGGGGCUGGGGAGUGGGAGAGAUAGUAGGGGGAAAGCAAUAGGAGGGAGGAGUAGAGGGAAAGAGAAAGAAAAAGGGGGAAAACCCAAGAUGAUGGAGUGGAGGGAAUGCAAAGGACAAAGCGUGACAGAUGAGGGAGCGAAAGCAAAGAGGGAAAGGCGGCAGAGAGAAAGAGAUGGUGGAGGAGAUGAAAAGAGGCUGAGUGGGACCUAGAAAAAGAAAAAAAGAUUGGGGGGGGUGCAAAAAGAAUAUAUGGCAAAGGAGAGAAGGAAAGAAAAAAGGGACGUGAGAUGGAGAUGAAGCCAGGAAGAAGGGAAGGAAGCACGCAGAACCAAGGAAGGGCCCCGGAAGAGAGGAUAGAGGAAGAGAAGACUGGAUAGAUGGACUGAGAAAACAAAAGAGAGAAAAUCAAGAGGAAGAUGGAGCUUAAGGCAAAGAAGAAGGGAUGAAGGGGGAAGAAGGCAAUAGAAGGAGGAAAAUGGAAAGGAAGAAAUGAAUCGGGGGAAAAAAUGAAAAAUGAAAGGGAGGUGGGAUGGAGGGAUGGAGCCAGGACCUAAGAGGAGGGAAGGAAGCAUGCAGAAGGGAGGAAAGGCCCAGGAAGAGAGGAUAGAUGAUAAUUUGGGAAACAAAAGAGUGAAAAGCAAGAGGAAGAUGGAGCUUAAUGCAAAGGAAAAUGGAUAUACAGAAGGGGGAGAAGGCAAGGGAAAGGGAUGGAGGAAAAUGGGGGAAAGGAGGAAAAAGGAAAAGAAAGGAAGAGAAAAGAAAGGCAAAGCAGGAGGGGGCUGUAGGGGAGGUGGUGGGGCUGCAGGCGCAGGGGGAGGGGUUCCUUGCAGGGCGAUUAACGGGGAGAUUAAUGUCGAGGGGUGACAGGGGAGGCAGCGAGAGUCAAUAAAACGAGAGGCACAGUGACAGCCAGCGCUUUAAAUUACCCUGCGCAGUGGGGAGAGGGAGGGGCAGGGAGGAGGCCUUCUCUCUGAUCUCCCCCCACCCAGCCCAGACUCUCCCCACACUUCCCUAAUGCCCUUCAAUCCCCCAUUUGCAACCUCCCCUAAAUAUCUAUGCUCCACAUCCCCUUCAUCUUAACUGUGCCUGUGCACUACACACAAACAUGUAGACACAUACAUACACACAUCCUGGACCCCCCCCCCCCCCCGGGUCUCUUUGCCAACUGCACCAUCAUCAAAUAUUUGCUUAAAAUGGUUGAUCAGAGAAAUGUUAACAGCCAAGGGGGAGAGAGGGUAAAGGUUGUGGCUGAAAACAGCUUCCCCAAAUAUAGAAAUUGGGGGAGGGCUACACUUGAAUAUAUAUUUCUAUUAAUCCGCAGAAUUUCCUCCCUUUAAGGAGUAAUUUUUGGUACAAUGCAGAGGGAAAUCUAUGCAGGAUUUGGCUGCUCAAAAGAUACAGACCUCAGUGCCUCUCCUUGUCACCCCCCCCCCCCUUCCUCCCUCGCUUUUGUUUAAUCCGGCAAUGCAUUUAGGAUUUCAUUUGUAUGUGAUUUGCAUACAAUAUUUGGUCGAGGCACUCUGGGUUUCGGCUCCCUCCAAUCUGCUGCCGUCUGGAGGAAAUGGAGGCCAGGGUGGGGGGGGGGAUGAACUAGAAUAAUCUCUCUCCCCCCCCCCCCAAUAUGGACCAUGCAAAUAUACUUUUGGCCAUCCAUCCGGAAGCCUGGAAGUCAGUCUGAGAGCCAGGAUAAAAGAGGUUGGCUGGCAUGACAUCCUGAAAGCUUCUAUUUGAACUUGGCUCAAAGGAGGGUCAAAUUGGCACCAGGUUUGGGAGCAACCGUGUCGGCAAACAAGCUUGAAGUGUGGGCUUUCCCAAAAUGCAGUAUUAAAUGGAUGCCGCUGUGAAAUAUAUCCGUACUCCAAGCCUUUAUACCAGUUAUGGAUACAGGGAUGGGGUGCAGAAGAGCCAAAGGUGUCAAAAUCAUUAAAUUUCACAAGCUCGUCUUUAAGAAUCACCACUUGAAGCAUUCAGCCUAGUUGCUUUGUUGAGCAUUCAGGGUGAAUUUCAAAACUGACAGUCCAAAAUGUCUAUUCAUUCCAAUUCUUUUUUAAUUUGAACUAUGCAAUUUCUGCCAAGUCUAGAAUUUGCAUCAAAUAUGAUUUCACAUUCAUGCACAUGAGCAAGUGUGAAAAGAUGAAGAAAAAGGUGUUAUAGUUGCACGCAUGCAUACAGCCUCAUAAUGUGACUCUCGUGUGUCCUCUCCAAGGGCAUUUGUGAAUUAAGCGACAAUUGCAUGACACCUGGAGCUGUCGCCUGUGAUUUGCUGUCUUCCAGAUGUGUUGGAACACCAAAACCCAUCAUCCCAAGCUGCAAUGGAUGGUGGGAACUGUUGGCCUGAUUUAUGCUGGUAAACCUACUCAAAGUAAAAAGAAGAGUAGUGGACAUUACAACCCCAACCAGCAAAAUCACAUGAAACCAAUCCUUGAUUUACAACACUUGUAUAAAUCCGACCCUAUCACAGGUCUUUCUGGGCCUGAAAGUAUGUGACCUGUCCAGGCUUGGCCAAUGGGUUUCCAUGGAGACUUGAGAAAUAAACCCUGAUCUUCAAAGUCAUAGUCUUCUCAAAGCACUAUGCCACACUGCUUCAUGUUCCCUGUCCCAAACUAAAAACUCAAAAACAGUGUUAAGAUAUUUACAGCAACCUAUUUUAGAUUUUAGGUUCCUUGGGGCAAGGAACAAUCUUUGUAUUUCCUUGCUUCUUGUGCCACUUGGCAAAGGUGAGCAGUGAAAGACCUCUACUAAGAAUCAAUAGUUGCAGAAACAGAAUAGUUGCAUGAAGAAAGUUAAAUAAAGAACACAAGAAUAACUCUUCUGGAUUAGACCAAAAGCUAUCUAGCAUUGUAUCAGGACAGCAGGCAAUCAGGUGGUCCAAGAGAAGACUUGCAAGCAGAACAGGAUGGCAACCUCCCAUUUGUGUCCCCCAACAACUGGCAUUGAGUGGUACAGCAGCUUCAAUUUUGGAAGGAACUCAUCUGAUCAUAGAGCCAGAAGGGAUCCAAAAACCAUUUAGUUCAACCUUUUCUAGUGCUUCUGAGAGGUAGCCAUGUCAUUUUAUUUUUACUUUGUGUGACCCUAUGAACAUGAAACCUCCACGCACCCUGUUAGCAACAGCCCUGCUCAGAUCUUGCAAACUUAAAAUCCUUUGCUUGACCAAGUAUAUCAACUUGCAAUACAGUCUUCCUCUUUUAUGACUGUCUUCUACCUAUCCGAGCAUUAUAGCCUUUUCUAUUGAAUCCUCCUGAUAGGGCCAAAGCAUAACAGCCUCAGUUUUCUCAUCAUGACUUCUAGGGAAAAUUUGGGAUUGAUUAUUUGUCUUUAGGUCAGUCCACAGAUCUCUCCUCCAACAACACAUCUCAAAUGAGUUGGUUCUCUUGCUACCAGGUUUUCCUAUUGGCCAGUUUCAUAACCAUGUAUAUAAAUGAUAAAUACAAUGGCGUGGACAGACUUUGGCAUUCAAUUGCAUCUAAAUAUUUGGAGAGCUUGUCUAGGACCUUCAUAGCUGUCCUUAUUCAUUCGUCUUUAACAAUUGCACAACCUGAGAGAUCACUGAUGCGUGCCUUGAAGUCAUUUCCGACUUAUGGCAACUCGAAGGCAAACCUAUCACAUGGUUGUCUGGCCAAGAAUUGUUCAGAGGACGUUUGCCUUCCUCUGAGGCUGAAGGUUUCCACAGCUGAGUGGUGAUUCGAACCCUGGUCUCCAAUGACCUCAUACAGCACUGUAACCACUACACCAUGCUGGUUUAUACGAUCUUUAAAAAACCACACACUGAAUCCAAAGGAGAGUAUUGUCAGCACUGAGAGAUGGCUGAGAGAUUCUGGGAGAUGCAGUCCCUUAAAGCCCCUUUCCCAGCUUUUGCACCUAGCUAGAGCAGCAAAACCAACUAACAAAACAGUACUACUAUUUGAGUUAAGGGAAGGACUCCAUUUAAACUAUUAAAAUAGUGAAGCAGAGUCACACUGCAAACGAUCCAGUAUUUGAACAAGACACAUAUAUUCUGCCCCCAAAGGAAAUGAUAUAUCACAACAUCCCCAAGCAUGUUUAGUUCUUUUUGUGCCAAUGACACAAACCACCAAAGAACCACACCAGUAGUGGUCAACAGCCAAUACUAGAAAGCCUUUUUGGACAUUCCCAUUCCACGAAAUAUUUUACUUAGCAAUCACAUUGUUGCGAGGUGUCCUUUUGGAAUAGGAACUUGGAUUUUAAAAUUUUUAUACUGGAAUAGUUCUGUGGAUUGAACUUAUCAGAAGACAGCUUUGGCCCAAGAAGAGAGGGAGGUGGGACGGAAGGACUGUGGAAGUUAUCUUAGGAUGCAAAUUAAGGACUUUGGUUCUAUGGGGUUUAUGGGUGAAUCUAUGCAGUUGAAUUAAUGCAGACUGACACCACUUGAACUGCCAUGGGUCAAUACUAUGCUAUCCUGGGAUUUAUACUUUGGUCAGGCAACAGCACUUUUUGACAGAGAAGGCUAAACACCUUGUAAACCUAGGAUUCCAUAGCAUUGACCCAUGACAGUUAAAAUGGUGUUAAAGUGCAUUAAUUUUACAGUGUAGAUGCACCCUAAGUCUAUAAGUGCCAUGUGUUAUGUGCCAACAGGACAUACAAUAUUCUCCCUACACACAUUUUGGGCACCUUUCAGAUGGCAGUUUAGAUGCGAGUUAAGCUUUGAGUUAAAACCUAUGUCCACUGAAUUCACAAUUUCAGGGAACUGUUGGCAAUAUGAACUGGUUCUCUGCAAUUGUGUGUGCGCGAUUGUGUUUGUACAUGCAUGUAUGUGUGCAGAGUCCAAAGGGUGGUUUCUAGCACUCCAAGGGAAGGCUAGUUGCAAUAUCAGUUGUAUAUCAGGGUCUUAUGUUGGUUGAAUCCAAAGAAAUGAGUUAUCAGGGGAAGAUGUGUAGUUUGUCUGUGUUUGCUGCUCUAGUGGUGUGGCCUUUCCUAAACUGGACACCAUUCAAAUAUGUCAGGCAGCAACUUCCAUCCCUUACUGUUGGCUGUGGAUAGUGGGAUACAUAGUCUGGCAUCUCUGGAGGGUACCCAAGUGGGAAAAGUUGGUAACACAAACAUAAAACUUUAGUGUUAUUGUCCAAUGGAUUCAAGGCAAAUGGAUGUCUGCCUGAUAUGUACGAACUGCCUUGUCCCCAACUGUUGUGUAAAUUGGCAUAGAAGGGUCUUUUCCCCCUACUUGUAUAUGUUAAUUUUGCUUUAUGUCUAUUGCAGCUCUGAAAUGUUUCCUCUCCCCAAAUGUACAAACUGGUACUGUAUCGAAUGGAGCUUCUUUUCCCUUUGACUACAAAUCCCAAAAUCCCCUUCCUAUGUACUCCACAAAAGAAAUUUCUAAAGCUCUGGGUCAGUGAGAAUAAUGGGAGCUGUAGUCCAAGAACAUCUGGGAGGCGUUAGGCUUCCUAAACUUGAUACCUGGCUAAUAUUAUUUUAUAGUCAACCAGAUAACACGGUAAUGAAAUCCCGAAUCUGGUACUAAAGUACAGAAACCCCAUAUAUAUGAUUUAAUUUAGCUGCCAGUCAUCGGGGAAUAAUGCCUCCUUCCUAACUUUUGUCUAAUUCCCCUUGAAAGCCCUGACUCGGGGAUCCUGAGCUAUUGGAUUCCAUAAGUUAAUUAUGUGCCGGGUGAAAAAGUAAGAGCUGCAGUGCGAGUUUGUACAACGUCUGUUUGUAGAUUGUGCCUCAUUGAUUUAUUGACUAGCGUGGGAUUUUUCUACACUUCCUUGGGCUUUGUUUACAAAGUCAGCCUCGAAACAAAUGCUCCCUUGCAAGGGAAGGCUCAGGAGUUCGCCGUAAUAAAAAGGGGACCUCUGACCAUAUACAGAGUGCCCUGUCUGACUUAUUUGGAAGAUUUCUAGGGGACCUCACAGUAAAACCAGUUGUGGGACAGAUGUGAAAACACAAAAAUCAGUAUUAACGUUCUAUCAGCCACCAUUGUCAUUUUUCAUAGGAUGUGGAGUGUUUAAAUGCAGGAGGAAUGACCCUGAUGGCCCUAAACAGAAUUCAAACCCCCGAGCUGCCCAGUUAUGCCUGCUUUGAGUCAUAUUUAAGAGAGAUAAAGCAGGAUAUUACUAUUAUUGUUAUUGUUUUGUGUAUUGAAGAUCUUGGCAACAUCUUGUUUAACAGAGGCUAAAACAGGAUAUUAUUAUUGUUUUGUUAUUAUUCAUAGUAAUAAUAAUUCUGUAUACAGUAUUGCAAGAUUUUGGCAAUGUCAUUUAUCCAUUCAGCUUCUAUGCAAAAUGGGGACACAAAAGCUGCCAACCUCACAAGCUUGUUGUAGAAAAGAUCAAAGAUCUUUGUAUUUUUGAAAGAAAAGGUCAGCUGUAAGGCAGCUUGGAAAGGAAAAGUGUGGUAUUAUUUAUAAAUAGCGCUGAAGUUUGGUUCCAGCCAACUAUUUCCGGUUGGGACAUACGUAGAUAUUCUUUGAAAGGAAUGCGAUGGCUCAUAUUGUGAAGUUCUGGGAGGGGAAGGCACCGUUUCCUUGUUCACACUUUUUUAUUUGCGUGGGUUUGGCAAGAAAUGUUGGUGUUUCCCAAUUUAUCCAUUCGGUUUUUCCUCUGCAGCUACUUUGGCAAGCAUGCUCCUCACUUGGCCUUCCUACUGGCUUCUUUUCCCUCCCUACAGUUAUAUACUGGAACUUAAGCAAAUCUAAGCUAUUAUUAUUCUUUUUAAAGUAAACUCAAAGGGGUCACAAUGUGGGUGGACAACCAUGGAUGCUUAAGCAGCUGAGUGGGAAAAGGAAAGGGCCUGAGGCUGUUAGGAAUGGUGGGAAUUGAAGUCCAAAACACUUGGAGGGCCAAAGUUUGCCCAUGCCUGAUCUAUAUCAUAGAAUUAAAGCAAUUGAACACCACUUUCACUACCAAGGCUCAAUGCUAUGGAAUCAAAGAAGUUGUGGUUUUAAAAGAUCUUCAGCCUUCUCUGCCUCACCAAACUACAAAUCCCAGCACUCCAUACCACUGAUCCAUGGCAGUUAGUGGUGUCAAACUGUAUUAAUUCUACAGGGAAGAUGCACCUUAUAGAUGCACCAGAUUGAUACGCCAAUUAUCUGCCCUGGAAGCCAAAGAUACACUAAAUAUUAAACAACACAAAAUUGGAAAUGCCAGGUGGAAAUUGUUCUGAAAACAGGUAUUUUUAAAAUCUUAGAUAGCAUUGUCUUCCGAAUUAUGGUGACCCAGUGGAUUUCAUUAGAUUUUCUUAGGCAGAGGUGGUUUUGUCAGUUCCUUCCUCUGAAAUAGAGCCUAGUAUUUGUUGACAGCCUCUAAUCCAAGUACUAACCACCCAGCUUAGCUUCCAAGAUUCAAUGGACCUGAUACCCUUAGGGUAUUUAGGCAAGACCAAUGAUAAAUGAUAGCUUUUGUUGUGUGCCUUUAAAUUUCCAAAAUUAUGGAGACCUUAAGGAUAAUCUAUCAUGGAGUUUUCAAGUGCUGAGAGUAUGUGACUUGCACAGUGUCACCAGGGUUUUCGUGGCUGCACGGGGAUUCAAAUCCUGGUUUCCAGGCAGUCCAACAGUCAAACUAAUCCACCACAGUGGCUCUCAAGUGAUGUUUAAUAGUAAUACCUAUUUAAACUAUGUGUUUUUGCUCCUUUUUUGAGCAAUCAAAGAGAGCUGAGAAGCCAAGGGCCAACUAAAUAGCCAUGGAGGGUUACAGGUUGCCAAUUCUGGAGUAACCAAAGUCCAUGCCAUGUUGGGUAUAAACCUAAUCCAACUCCAGUAUGACUUGCACAACCUCUAUCUCCUCCAUGGAUUUGCCGAAUACAGUUUCCAUCGUUCAUACGCAACAUGAUCACACUAGAUGGGGACAAUGGGAGUUGUAGUCCUAUGCCUUUUGAGGACAGGAGGCUGUUCUGUUACAUAACCAUCAAUGCUGUUUCUCUCCCCAACACAUUUCCAUGCCCACCUUUGACAAAAAAAAGCAGUUGACCACUUCCAGAAAUACAGAGCAUUCAAGCUCAGAGUGAAAAAAAAAAAGACAUGGCUCAAGAAUGGAAAUAAAAUUUGGCCAGAGCUGGCUAAUACUUCAGAAACUUUUCGAAACCCACAUCUGUUUGAAAUCCUUAAUUUGGAGACGUCCAUUAUUUAAAAACAUACUUGUGGAUUAAUGUAUCUUCCAUAUCAGUUGGGUAAACCCAGCACUUAUUCUUGGCCCUUCUCUCUCUCUGGAGAUGCACAACAUUUUACUAACAAAUUCAGCUUCAGCACUCAAACACACAAACAUUUGUUUCAGCUGAACUUUGACUUCAGAGAGCAAAUACAAAUCCUGCAUUAUCGUUGUGAGCAAAUGAACUCAUGGUAUUUCUCUGCCCAGCCUCAGUUUUCUCAUCUACAAAUUGGGAAUGACUGUAAUGCAAAGUGUCACCAAACCAAACACAAUUUCGGAAUUGUGUCAUUUUUAAACAGAUCACAAAAACACAGCUGGAAAUCCAACCAGGACAUAAUAGCUCAACCACAGGAUCAAAAUACAUGGACAAAGAACACUAAAGGAAAGGAUCACAGUGUCUCUGAGUGUGUAGGAAGUGCAUUUCGCUCACCAUCAUAAUUUCUGGGAUGGAGGAGAGAGACAAAAGGGCUCAGUAUUCACACUGAUACAAAACCCUGAACCCAAAUAUAUACUGAACAAAAGGACAGGACAUAUACCUGUGUCCUUUCCAUUCUGAACUUCUAGGAAACCUAAGAGAUAACCCGUUUUCUCUUUUCUCCCUUUAAUGUUUCUCCUAUAACCCCAAAUCUGCAUCUGUAUCCUCUAGAUUUUUUACCAAUCUGAUUCAUCUUUUUAAGCUCACACUCAAUUCAGUUUUCUCUUUUCCCCCACCGAAUAAAGGUAGAGAGGUAAGCAAGGCAGAGCGAAGAGAGCCAGCAAAGGCGGCUGAGCGAGGGAAGGAAGGAGGGAGGGAGGGAAGGAGGGAGGGAAGAAAGAUUGUAAAAUCAAUUAAAUGAGUUGCUAACGGAGCGUCGUGUCGACAAUCUGUCGCCGAGUGGAAAAUAUGAGCUGCCCAAAUACACUCCUGCCUUCCACACCUCCGACGGGCGGCCUUCCCAGCGCCCUUCCAUCACGCCUGGGCCGCCUGUCAUGGGUCCGAAUGAAGGCAGGAGAGGAAAUCCAGGCCAAGAGGGUCAGGAGGCAGGUGGAAGGGAGGAAAAGGGGGCAGGGGAAGGCUAAGAAAGGAAGGAAAGAAAGCGAGGAAGGAAGAGAGAGGUGUGCUGAGGUGGGGAGAUGGAUGGAGGAGAUCAGGAACCAAAAGGAUGGACGAGAGAUGAAUGAAAUGAUUGAGAAAGCAGAGGUGAAGAAUGUGUGCAAGGGGGCAGAAGAAGAAAUGGAAGGGGGAGGAUGAGCAGAAAGGGAAGAAGGAAGAGAAGGAGGGGGGAAGAGAGAAGAAAGAGAGGUGUUUUGAGGUGGGCAGAUGGAUGGAAGAGUUCAGGAUGGAGAGAAGAGAUUAACAAAAUCACUGUGAAAAGCCAAGAGGUGAAGAGAGGAAUGUGCUCAAGGGGGGAGAAGAAAAAGAACGGGAAGGAGAAAGGAAGGGAAGGAGGGAAGGAGGAAAAGAGAAGACAGAGAGGUGAUUUGAGGUGGGCCUAUGGAUAGUAUUAGUAGUAGUAGGAGGAGGAGGAGGAGGAAGAGGAGGAGUAUUAUGGAGGAGGUCAGGAACCAAAAGGUUGGACAAGAGAUGAACACGAUUGAGACAGGGCAAAAGGUGGAGAAGGCAGAGGAGAGGAAUGUGUGCAAGGAGGCAGAAGAAGAAAGGGAAGGGAGAUGAAGGGAAAUGAAGGAAGAAGGGAGGGAGGAAGACGGAAGAAAGAGAGGUGCCUUGAGCUGGGCAGAUGGAUGGACGAGUUCAGAAUGGAUAGAAGAGAUUAACAAAAUAGGUUGCUGUGAGUUUUCUGGGCUGUCUGGCAUUGUUCCAGAAGCAUUUUCUUGACGUUUCGCCCACAUCUAUGGCAAGCAUCCUCAGAGGUUGUGAGGUAUAGAUACCAUAGAAGUGGGCGGAAGGUCAGGAGAGAAUGCAUCUGGAACAUGGCCAGACAGCCCAGAAAACUCACAGCAAACCAGUGAUUCCAGCCAUGAAAGCCUUCAACAACACAAUGGACAAAAUGACUGAGAAAGGCCAAGAGGUGGAGAGGAAUGUGUGCAAGGAGGAGAAGAAAGGGAAGGAGGAAGGAUAAGCAGAAAGGAAAGAAAGAAGGGAGAGAGAGAAGAGAAAGGUGAUUUGAGGGAGGCAGAUGGACAGAGUUCAGGAAGUAAAGGUUAGAUAGAAGGGAUAGCAGGAGAGAUUUUAAAGAAGGCCAAGAGGUGGAGAAGAAUGUGUGCCCAGGGCCAGAAGAAGAAAGGGAAGGGGAGGGGAUGAGGGGAAAGGAAAGGAAAGAGAGAGAGUCGUGGAAGGAUAGGUGUGGGCCUGAGGGGAAGAAAAGAAAGAUGAGGGGAGAAGGAAGGAAAGAAGGAGGGAGGGGAAAAGGGAAGGAAAGAAAGGGAGAGCUGAUCUGGGUGAGGAAGGGAGAGUCCUGGAAGAGGAGGAUCAGUACCCACCCCCAAAAAAGGAGGAUAUUGGGAUACAGUGUUGGGAAAUUUUCAGUGUGUUGUCAAAGGCUUUCAUGACAGGAAUCACUGGGUUGCUGUGAGUUUUCCAGGCUGUUUGCCAUGUUCCAGAAGCAUUCUCUCCGGAUGUUUCGCCCACAACUAUGGCAGGCAUCGUCAGAAGUUGUGAGGUCUGUUGGAAACUAGGCAAGUGGGGGGGAAAUCCAGGUUGGGAGAAAGAACUCUUGUCUGCUUGAGGCAAGUGUGAAUGUUGCAAUUGGCCAGCUUGAUUAGCAUUUAAUGGCCUUGCAGAUUCACAGCCUGGCUGCUUCUUGCCUGAGGGAAUCCUUUGUUGGGAGGUGUAAGCUGGCCCUGAUUGUUUCCUGUCUGGAAUUCCCAUUUCCUGAAUGGCAAGAAGCAGCAAGGUGGUGAAUCUGUAACGCCAUUCAAUGCUUAUCAAGGUGGCAAAUUGCAACAUUAACACUUGCCUCCAACAGACAAGAGUUCUUUCUCCCACCCUGGAUAUUAUUCCACAGAUAUAUAAAUCCCACUUGACUAGUUUCCAACAGAUCUCACAACCUCGGAGGAUGCCUGCCAUAGAUGUGGGUGAAACGUCAGGAGAGAAUGCUUCUGGGAUAUGGCCAGACAGUGCAGAAAACUUACACCAACCUAAUGUUGAGAGAUUCUCAUUUUCCUGGGAGAAGGCAGGGAGGAGGAGAGAGAAGGAAGGAAAGAAAGAAAGGAAAGGAAAGAAGGAAAAGGUGAGGAAGGAAAGAAGGAGGAGAAAGAGGGGGGAGGGAAGGAAAAGGGAAGAAGCAAAAUGCAAGGAAAGAAAGAUGGAAAGGAGAGAGGAAGGAAAGAAGGGAGAAGGAAAAUGGAAGUGAGAGGAUGGAAAGAUGAAAGGGGGAAAGGGGGAGGAAGAAGAAGGAAGGAAGAAAGUAAAGAAGGAAGGAAAAGUGAGGAAGGAAAGAAGGAAGGAAAGAAGGAGGGGACGGGGAGGGGAAGGAAGGAAGGAGGAAGAAGAAAAAUGCAAGGAAGGAAAGAUGGAAUGGAGGAAGGAAGGAAAGAAGGGAAAAGGAAAAAGGAAGUGAAGGGGGAUGGAAAGAAGAAAGGAAGGAAAGGAGGAAGGAAGGAAGGAAGGAAGGAAGGAAGGAAGGAAAAGAAGGAAGGAAAAGGCAAGGAAGGAAAGGAGGAGAAAGGGAAGGAAGGAAAAGGGAAGAAGCAAAAUGCAAAGAAGGAAGGAUGGAAUGGAAAGAGGGCGAGAGGAAGGAAAAAAGGAAGUGAGAGGAGAUGGAAAGAAGAAAGGGAUGGAAGGAGGGAGGAAGAAGGAAAGAAGGAAGGGAAAGAGAAGAAGCAAAAUGCAAGGAAGGGAGGAUGGAAAGGAGAGGGAAAGAGGGCAAUGAAAAAAGGAAGCGAGAGAAGAUGGAAAGAAGAAAGAAAGAAAGAAAAGAAAGAAAGGGAAGGAGAAAGAAAAGUAUGUAUCACAGGAAUACCCCAGACACACAAACACACACAGAGAGAAAGAGACACAAUCGGCGUGACCUCUCUCUCGUUCUCCCACCCCCCUCCCACCCCCACGAUUACACACAGAUGCCCUUCUGCAUCCUCAGGACCCUGGUCAGUCUCCCUUUCUUGGAUGGAGCAGAAUGGUCGGGAGGCAGGAAGGCUUUCCAGUUGCCGUGGCAACCGUGAGCGAGGCAGCGAGGCAGCCGCAAAGGGAGAGGAAUAAAAAAUUGAGCGAGGGAGGAGGAGGAGCCUCCGAGGCACCUGCUGGGCAGGCCAGGGAUUCAGAGAAACUACGACUCCCAGGAGCCUUUGCGGCCCUUUCCCCCUUUUUUCUUCGUCCCUACUGGCCUGUUCUCUCGCAAAGGAUUGUGGGAGUGGUAGUUUUUCUC